GAGGCUGCUCCCGGCGCCGCCCCCCCCCCCCCUCCCCGUUGGUCGCGCCCGGGCGGCUGGAGCGGGGCGGGGAGCGCGGCCGGUACCACCGCGCGGCGGGGGGCGCGGGCGGGGCCGGAUGCAGGCGGCGCGGCGGGCGCUGGGGCCGGGCUGCGAGCGGCGCAGGAUGAAGGUGCUGGUGGCGGCGGCGGCGCUGGGCGCUGCGCUCCUGCUGCUGCUGCCCGCCGCCUCGCGGGCCGACGAGCGCAAGAAGGGGCCCAAGGUCACCGCCAAGGUGUUCUUCGACCUGCGGAUCGGCGAGGAUGAUGCGGGCCGUGUUGUCAUCGGGCUCUUCGGCAAGACGGUGCCCAAGACGGUGGAGAACUUCGUGGCAUUGGCCACCGGAGAGAAAGGAUUUGGCUUCAAGGGUAGCAAGUUCCACCGUGUGAUCAAGGACUUCAUGAUCCAGGGAGGAGACUUCACCCGUGGAGAUGGCACUGGAGGAAAAAGUAUCUACGGGGAUCGUUUCCCUGAUGAGAACUUCAAGCUGAAGCACUACGGCCCUGGCUGGGUGAGCAUGGCCAAUGCUGGCAAGGACACCAACGGUUCCCAGUUCUUCAUCACCACGGUGAAGACGCCGUGGCUGGACGGCAAGCACGUGGUGUUCGGCAAAGUGCUGGAGGGCAUGGAGGUGGUGAGGAAGGUGGAGGGCACCAAGACAGACAGCCGGGACAAGCCCCUGAAGGACGUUGUCAUCGCCGACUGUGGGACCAUCGAGGUGGAGAAGCCCUUCGCCAUCGCCAAGGAGUAGGACCUGCCCUCGGGCGGCGCCGCGCGGGGGCUGCACCCCAGGGACCUGCCCCGCGGGGCAGUGGGGCAGGGGCUGCCCCCUCCCCGUCCUACCAGGGCACGUGAGCAGCAGCAGAGCCGCUGUGCCCCGUGUCCCCACUGCCCGGCUUCCCCGUCCCAGCAGGCAGGGCCCAGCUCCUCUCCCUGUCACUUUUGUAAGAAGCACACGCACCAAUAAAUGUGACCAAGGUGUUUUGUA